AUGCAGGGCGCGCCGGACGCGCUUGGUGACGCGCGGCGGCUGAUGGCGUCGCUGCUGCUGCAGGAGGAGCAGCAGCAGCAGUGGCAGCGGCAGCAGCAGCGGCAGCACUCGCCGCCACAGCUUGCUGAGGCCGCCGCCGGGGCCCAGAUCUGGACUUUCGACAGCGGCAGCAGCAGCGGCGGCGACGGCGGGUACCCGGCCGGGGGCUGCCGGUCCGGUAGCUGCUCGUGGGGCGACCUAGGUGGCAGCGGCGAUGAUCUGAGCGAUGACGCGUUCAGCUUUGGCGGCGGGCUGCAGCAGCAGCUCGACGCCGCGAUCUCUCGCCUCGCGUCCGCCGUCGGGGCCGGCACGGAUGUGGACGCAGACGCGGGCGCGGGCGCUGCUGCGGGAGGAGGCCGGGCGGGCCCUGUCAUGCGCCGCGCCGAGGCGCUCGCGGCGCUCGCGGCGCCGCACGUGCACGCGGACGACCUCAUAGCGUGCGACAGCUGGCCGCUGCUGCGCGCGGCGCUGCCAGCGUGCCUCGUAGACGCCGGCGCCGCGCAUGAGGGCGGCGGCGAGGGCGACGAGCACAGCUGCGGGGGUGGCGGAGGCGCAGAUGCGGCCGACGCGCCGGCAGCUGUCGCCGCUGCGGGGGCGUCGGCGGCGGCGCUGCUGCGGAAGCUGUCGCGCGUCGUCCUUGACUGCGCCCCCUCGGCGCUGGCGCAGGCGCUGCUGCCGCUGCUGCGGCGCCUGGCCGUUCGGGGCUUCGGCGGCGGGCUACCCCGCGGCUGGCGAGCGCCGGGCAGCUGUGGGGAGAUGGGGAGGCAUGACGCAGCGGCGCCGCCGCUGCUGCAGCAGCACCCACCGCUGCCGCACUCACAGCAGCAGGGACAGCAGCAGCAGCUGCAGCUACAGCUGCAGCAGCAGCAGCACGACUUGGAGCAGGAGCAGCAGCAGCAGCAGCAGCAGCAGCAGCAGCAUCAGCAGCAGCAGCAGCAAGAGGAGCAGGAGCAGCAGGAGCACGAGGAGCAAGGCGACCCCGGAGAGCAGUUGGCUCCAAUUGAGGAGCAGCAGGCAGCCGCUUUCGUGUUGCGCGCCCUGCACGCGCUCGGCCGCCAAUGGCAUCUGCUAUCAGAUGAGGACGCGCGGCCGCUGUCCCAAGAAAUCCUCUCGCUCGCCCUGCAGGCAACGUGCGCCGGCGGGCGCGCGACCCGGUGCGCUGCGGGCGGCACGGGCUCGCCGCCGACCGACAGCGGCGGCGGCGGCGGCAGGGAGGCGGCGGCGGGCGGGGACGGUGAGGGGCAACGGUGUGGGGGGCGGCGGCGCUUGGCGGCGCUCGAGGUGCUGAUGCAGGUUGAUCCUGAUCUGCUAUGGUGGCGGCGCCUGUUUGCGCUUGCGGGGUUCAGGCGGGCGCUGAUUGAGGGAGGGUCUCUAGACAGCGGUGGCAGUGAGGGCGUUGGCGGCGGGCCAAGCGGCCCUGGCGGGGCCGGUGGCGACGGCAGCGGUGGGAGCAGCAGCAGCGGAGCGAGGGACUUCGGCUUGGAGCGCGAGCGGCGCGUCGGGCAGGGGUGCGGCCCGCUCGCCGUUGCGCUGACGGCGGCGUGGCGGCUGGCGGACGGUGGUGCGGCGCAAGAGGCGGCGUGGCGGCGGCACGGCGUGGCCGUGCUGACCGCCUGCCUGCUGCAGUCGUCGCCGCGCACGUUUGCGCGGCUCAUGGGCGAGGGCGCGCCCGAGGCCGGGCCUGGCGCACACGGCGGCGGGAGCAGCAGCGAGGGCGUCUCAGGCUCGGCGCUGAUGCAGCUAGCGCGAGGGUAUCUGGAGCGCACUGCAGCCCAGACAGACGCCCCCUCGGCCCCCACCGCCACCGCCACGGCUGAGUUUAGCAUGGCAGCCCCUGCGCCGGUCCUGCGGUUCAGUGGGGGCUGCCUGCGCCCCUUCCUAGCGCAGGACGCCCCCAGCAUAUCGCGGCACGCCAACAACAGGGCCGUCUGGCGCUGCUGCAGCGACCGCUUCCCGCACCCAUACACUCUGGAAGACGCCGCGAAGUGGGUCGAGACGUGCCAAAGUUCUGAUCCGCCCGGCGCGCCUUGCAGCCAAUUUGCGAUCAUCAUCGACGGCGCCGCGGGCGGCGCGGGCCGCGGAGGCGCGUGGGCCGAGGCCGGCUACUGGGACGGCCCGGGGGUGGGCGGGGUGGGCGUAUUCCACAGAAGCGACGUCCAGCGGCACACCAAGGAGCUGGGGUACUGGCUCGGGGAGGAGUACUGGGGGCGCGGCCUCGGCGGGGCGGUGGUGGGCGCUUUUCUGGAGUACCUGUGGAUGGCGUUCCCAGAGCUCGCCCGGGUCGAGGCGCUUGUCUACCAUUACAACGAGCGCUCCUGCCGCGUGCUGCUGCGCCACGGCUUCGCCCUGGAGGGCCGCCUGCGGGACGCGGCCUUCAAGGAGGGGCGGCUGGCGGACACCCUGGUGUACGGGCUGACGCGGCGGGACUGGGAGGCGGGGGGCGCGGCGGCCGGGAAGGAGGCCGAGGGGGCGGCGGCGGCGGCGGCGGCGGGCGCGGCGAGUUGA